ACAUCUGGACAUCAGGCAAGCAUUUGUUUCUCACCUUAAAAACCAUGCACUGACUUUUACUCACAUUAUAUACUAGGCCGUGACUCGCAGCAUACCUCUCGCAAAUUCCUAGUAGUCUUUCAAGGCCACAAGCAGAGGCACUCAGCAAGACCAUGUCGUCUGCAUAGCUAAUGUUAUUGACACAUAUUCCGUCAAUAUAGCAGCCGACACGGACACUGCUGAGCUCCUCGAUAAGUGCGUUGAUGUACAGGUUGAAAAGCUUCGGCGAGGUCAAACCACCCUGCCUCACUCCACAUUCCAACCUGUACGAAUCCGAUAGCACUCCAGCCCAUCUCACUCUAUUUUCUUGAUUCUGAUACCAGAACUCAAAGAGGCCACGCAAGUCAGCUGGCAUAUUUAUUUCUUUUAAUUUCUGCCAAAAAAAGUCGUAUCUAACCAAAUCAAAAGCCUUUGUCAAAUCUAAGUAACAAGCAUACACAGGUGUGUUUCUGUCCGUAUAGUACUUGACAGUUUGCUUUAAAGCCAGUAUGGCACUUUCCGUCGAUAAACCAGCCCUGAAACCGAACUGAUUAUCAUGCAGUUUUAAAUAUCGCUCCAUUCUGGCACCAAGCAAACUGUCUUUAUUAUGCCGAAACCUGUCGCAACGGAAGUUUCGGUUGUGAAUAAGCAAACUUUCAGGAGUCUACAUUAGUUAAUCUGGUAUCCCAUAUUUUCAGCUGUCAAUUGUCAAAAAUUGGAAUUCGUUUCAUUUCAUUUCAUUCAUCAUUGUGUCUAUGUCCAUUGCAUAUAGCGUUUACCUUGUUCGUUCGUGAAGAAAUUUGUGAAUAAUAAAGUAAUAAAUGCAAAUUAUUAUGCCGGUGUUCAGAGACAUUAGAAUUUUUUGAAAAUGGAAGAAGAAAAUUUGAUAUCUAGGCCCUAUCAAGCGCAGCUCGAAGAAGUGGCUAUCAACAAAAACACAAUUAUCCAUUUACCGACAGGUUCUGGCAAGACUUUUAUUGCCAUCCGCCUGAUCACCCGGUUUCGAGAAGCUCUUCAGAAGCCUUGGGGUGCGGGAGGCCAGCGCACGUUCUUUCUGGUCAACACAAUACCUUUGGUGAACCAACAGAAAAAAGUUAUAGAAAAACUUUGCCCGGUCAACGGAGUCGGAGGAUAUAGUGGAGAAGACAGGGUGGAUUACUGGAAUAAAGAAAAAUGGGAUGAAGAGCUCUCCAAGAAUCAGGUGAUAGUAAUGACCUGCCAGAUAUUGAGUGACAUGCUGACGCACCAGUACAUACUAAUCGAGGAUAUAAACCUGCUCAUUUUCGACGAGUGCCACCACGCGGUCGACGACCAUCCUAUGAGGCUGGUCAUGAAGCAUUUCGAACAUUGUCCUACGAGCAAACACCCGAGGGUCCUUGGUCUGACAGCGACUUUAUUGAACAGCAACGUUGCAAUAUCAAAUAUUCCACAGUCUUUGAAAGAUCUAGAGACCACUUUCCAUGCGACCAUCGCUACUGUAAAUGAAAUGGGGGAGGUAUUAAAUUACUCCACGAAUCCCUACGAGCAUGUCGAGGUCUACCAGACGCCCCAAGUGACAACAGCGGCCGCGGAAGCCAUAGAUAUCUUAAGGGUGCUGAUAGACUACGUAUUGUCCAUUGAGUUGCCGCAAACGAACCUUUCGCAAGAGAUUAUACUCAAAAAGUACCAGCAGGAUAUAACGACUGACCCUAAAAAGAUAAUAAAAGCAGUUAAGAACAUGAUUACUUCGAUGAUGAUGUUUAUAAAAGACCUUGGCGUAUACGGCGGUUCUUUAAGCAUCACCUCAUACAUAAUUCUUUUGGAGCGGCUCAAGCGGAAGUCUUUAAGCAAAGAAAAGGAGUUGUUAUACGAAUUUGUCAUUACACACUUAACAAGCGCAAGAAUGGUAUUAUUGCUGUCUAUGUCAAAGGAAGAGGGAUACGAGAAAAUCAUCAAACAUUCUUCAGAUCAGAUUAUAAAGCUGCUAAAUAUACUGAAAGAAUUUAACUCCAAUUUAUAUCACAAGCCUGGAGUUAUAAGAAAAAUAAACAAAUCGAAAGACCCUCUCUCGGCAAUCAUCUUCACACAACAGCGGUUUACCGCCAAAAUCCUCUACAAUCUCCUCAAAGAUGUGAAAGAAGUAAAUCCGGAAGAGUUCAGUUUUAUAAAACACGAUUUUUUGGUCGGUUUCAAUAUCGAUCCGUAUAAGAGCACCAGGGAACAAGCGUAUGUCAAGAAGGCUAGUCACAAGGCGUUGCUUAUGUUUCGGAAUAAGGAACUCAACUGUUUAAUAGCAACUAGUGUUAUUGAAGAGGGUGUGGACAUUCCCCAGUGCCUGUUGGUACUGCGUUUCGAUGUUCCAUUAGAAUAUCGGUCCUACAUCCAAAGCAAAGGUCGAGCAAGAAGUGCAGAUUCCAGCUUCGUUUUAUUAGUGAACUCUAGCGACGAAAAUAAAUUUAGGAAUAAAUACCGUAGCUUCAGAGAAACUGAGCAAUAUAUUCAACAGUUACUCGUGGGAUCUUCGGAUAUCAGAGAAGGUCCUUCAGAAUCUUCCAUACAAACCAUGUAUGACGAGGAUGAUAUUCCCCAGUACAACAAUCCGUACGGAAGUUGUCUCCAUGCAGUAGGUGCUAUAAGCUUGCUGAACCGCUACUGUUCCUGCCUGCCCCAUGACCAGUUCACCACCAUAACCCCCAUGUGGAUUAAGGAGUCAGUUUCCCACCAUAACGGUCAUUAUGCCGGAAUAGUUGUUACUAUCAUCAUGCCCAUUGCUUGUCCUGUCAAAGAACCAAUCAAGGGCAAACCCUACCUUAACCUGAAGACAGCUAAGCGAUCAGCCGCUCUCAAUGCCUGCAUAAGGCUGCAUCAGGAGGGCGAACUGGACCGAGUGACCAUGCUGCCUCGAAAUUAUGGUAAAGUGGACUUUGAGGUCCCGGACAUAAGAUCGUGCUUCCUAAACUGGCCGUGGGACCAGGAAGAGGACGAUGACGAGGAAUCAUCGCAUAAGGCCGGGACUAAGAAGAGAAUGCGAAAACAUGAUAAAGUGUUCCCAUUAUACCUAUCCGGAUCCAUGACCAACAGCCAUCAGUAUUAUUUACACAUAAUAAAACUGGAAAUCGGUUUCGAAAAACCUCAAGAAACUCGCGAGCGCGCUCUCUACGACCUUUUACUUAGAGACGAGGGCUAUGGAUUCAUAACGCCAGAGGCGAUCCCCAAAAUUUGCCAGUUUCCGAUGUUUUUGGCGGUCGGGGAUGUGAUGGUGAACGUGCACAUGAAUUAUGCGGUCGUACCGCUUAAUAGUGAUAUGGUGGAUCUUAUAAAAAGGUUCCACUUCUUCGUAUUCGAUCAAGUCCUCGAAAUCGCCAAAAAGUUCCUGAUCUACGACGGCACAGUCAACAACCUGUUUGUGGUGCCAGUUAAAGGCAGCGUCGGUGGCUACGACAUCGACUGGGAUGUCAUGCAGAAAUAUAAGGAGAUACCUUCGGUGCCCUUUUCAGGGCCAACUUACGAGGAAAGAAAAGCGCUAAAAGUGACUCCAGAAGAUUACCAAUAUUCUGUAGUGACGCCCUGGUACCGGGGCGCUAUCUUGCCUAGCCGGUACAUAGUGUCGAAAGUGAUAGAAUAUAUGACGCCAAAGUCCGCUUUCGACGACUCUUCGUACGACACCUACGAACAAUACUACUCCGCGAAAUAUCACCUGGAGAUUGUUGGAAGAAAGGACCAGCCAUUGCUUGAGGUUUGCAACAUAACCACGCGUAUGAACUGCCUCCUACCCCGAGCGGCCACCAUUAAAGCCUUCACAGACAAACAGAAAAAGCUGAUCUCAGUCUCACAGGGCGACGACAAGCCCAAGAGUUUCACAGAGAUCUUCAUUCCCGAAUUCUGUGUGAAAUACGACUAUCCGGGCGUGCUUUGGUACAAAGCGACGAUGCUGCCUAGCAUCAUACACAGAGUUCACAUGUUACUGAUUGCGUACGACCUUCGCGCUGAAAUCACAAAAUACACAAAAUAUGGACGGAUCCAUUUACAAAAAGACGAGGAAUGGGAGCCAAUAACGAUAAACCUACCUGUCGCGACGAAAUCACUGCAGGCGCAAGUUGAAGAGCCUACGACUAUCAACAGUAUCGACAGGAUAAAUAACCCCAUAGACCCAGAGAACGCUCCUCGUCGGCCAAUCGUGUCCAUGAAGGAAAGUCUGUAUCAACUGCAACAGAAAAAGAUAAACAAGGAAUAUCCUUGGGAUGCAACAAUGGAACCAAUCGACAUAGAACGCAACAUAUCGUCAGUAACUCUUAUGGACAUAGAAUGCUACGACGAGUUCGUAUCAGCACCUUUGUACGCACGCGAGGAAAUGUCUCAUAUGGCGUUCAUGCGCUCGCCACCGCGCGCUCCGAGUACUUCGGCAGCCGCGGCAGCCAUCCUGCCGCCGCCUCUCAAAUACAACGAUAAAAUCAAGCUGCUCUCCCUGAAGCCAACGGGUCGCGGUCCCGAAUUACGCGACGUCCUCUUCGCGCUCACAACCAUCAACUCCCACGACACGGCCAACCUGGAGCGGGCGGAAACUCUAGGAGAUUCCUUCUUGAAGUUCGCCGCCAGUUUGUAUUUGUACCACAAGUUCCCGAAGUUGAACGAGGGACAGCUGACUAAUAUAAAAGGCAGAUUGAUUGGUAACAGGAACCUAUACUACGCCGGCGAAAGGGUGAAGCUGGGCGGUCGCAUGAAGGUCGAACAGUUCAGUCCGAGGAAGGAUUUCCUCGUGCCCGGCUUCUUAGCGCCGAAGCAGGUGCAGCAGUUCAUGGAGGGCCAUUCCCUCCGACCGACGUUCCUGAUAGGCAUACAGUUCCCCCUACACGAGGCGCUUAGCGGAAACCUUUCCGACGAGAGCUACGAGCAAGUGACCCAGCGGUAUAGUGAAAACGGCGUCGUGGAGAGAGAGCCUCCGGACGGUGCGCAGAAUGUCAUGCAGUGCUAUGUGCGCUCCCAAGUUGUGUCCGACAAGAGCGUAGCGGACUGCGUGGAGGCGAUCAUUGGCACUUAUCUGCUACACGGCGGUGUACUCGGUGCCAUCAAAGUACUUGAGUGGCUGCGUGUCCUUCCUCCCCAGGAUAACUUCGCAUCAUACCUCGGCAAGAAAGUGCCCACCGUGAUCACAGAGGGGAAGAGCACGCUGCAAGAGCUGGACUUCCUUCUCAACAGCUGCCAGAAAGAUAUCGAGCAAAUAAUCAACUACAAGUUCAAGGACCCGUCCUUUUUACUAGAGGCUUUAUCACAUCCGUCCUACAUAAGAAACCGUCUGACUCGCUCCUACGAGCGUCUGGAGUUCCUCGGCGACGCCAUCUUGGAUUUCCUAAUUACAUCACAUAUAUUCGAGAACUGCGAUCAGCUGAAGCCCGGCGAGCUCACGGACUUGCGCUCGGCACUCGUUAACAACGUCACGUUCGCGUCCUACGUCGUCAAACUUCGACUGCACAAAUUCCUCUGCUCCCAGCUAAACCCGACUUUGGACAAGGCGAUAAUGAUGUUCGUCGAGCACCAGGAACAGAGAGACCACGAGAUCAUCGAAGACGUGCUGUAUCUCAUCGACGAGGAGGACUGCCACAUGGCAGAAUACGUGGAAGUGCCUAAGGUGCUAAGUGAUAUAUUCGAGUCGCUAAUGGGCGCGAUAUACCUGGACAGCGGCGGCGACCUGCCCGCCGUGUGGGCAGUGGUGUACCGCAUCAUGCACCGCGAGAUCGACGCCUUCUCCGCGCGCAUCCCGCAGCAGCCCGUGCGGGUUCUCUACGAGAGGAUACACGCCUGCACCUCGUUCGGAGCCGCGAGGGUGGUGGAGGGCGGCACGCCGCGCGUCAUGGUCCCCGUGACGUUCACGAAGCACGGGCGCGCGCACACCGCGCACGGCUUCGGCGGCAACAAGUUCCAGGCCAAGCGCGCCGCCGCCAAGGUGGCGCUCAAGAUACUCGACUCCUAAACUACCCCGUGGGACAGAAUACACACCGUUUCGUAUUCUUCUCUCACUGUCAUAUGCACCAAGCGUAAGCGUGAGCGAGAUGGGUGUACGUGCGCAGGACCGUGGAUAUCAUGUUUUUAGGGUUCCGUACCCAAAGGAUCAAACGGGACCCUAUUACUGAGACUCCGCUGUCCGUCCGUCCGUCUAUCACCAGGCUGUAUCUCAUGAACUGUGAUAGUUAGCCAGUUGAAAUUUCUACAGAUUAUGUAUUUCUGUUAUAACAACAAAUACUAAAAACAGAAUAAAAUAAAUAUUUCUUUCCAAUCUCGAGGUUCCCAUUUAAUCACCAAGCAACGUCGGGCGGGGUCAGUACUUGCAUGAUCGUUUUUAUAGAUAAUGGUACGGAACCCUUCCUUUGCGAGUCCAACUCGCUCUUGGCCAAUUUUUAGAAGUAAUUUUCAUAUUUUUAGCUUUGGGGUCAUCCAUUAAUUACAUCACACGUUUAGGGUGGGGGGGGGGUGAAGAUAAUGAGACACGUUGUGACAAUGGGGAGAGGGGAGUCAAAAACUUUGUGACGUCACUUUAACUUCAUCAGUAACCGAUUUUUUUAGGGUUCCGUAGCCAAAUGGCAAAAAACGGAACCCUUAUGGAUUCCUCGGUGCUGUUCAGAUUUAUGCCUAGACAUAUUUGUAGUUUUUUUUUUAAUUUACCUGUACCGUCAAUUUGAAUAGGGUUGGCGGGGUGAAUAGGGACAAAAAGCGGCUGAAAACUCGGUAAUUUAUUAAAUACCACCCACACAAAUUGUAUCAUGCGAUUGGAAAUAAUAGUAGAUUUUGCAUGAUACAAUUUGUGUAGGAAGUUUUUAACCUUUUGACCGCCAAAGACGUCAUAUGACGCGCGCGGCUACAGCCCAAUAUCAACCUUCAUGCGUACCGACAAGGUUCACGAUUACGCGCCGCGUACGAUAGGCGUGACGUUCAAAAGGUUAAGAGAUUUAUGUUUGUCCAUUCAGGUUAUAGAUUUUUCUUUAAUGGCGGAGCCAUACCAUACAUUUAUUCAGUUUUGAUAUGCUCGCGAAGACUGCAGAACAGACCCACUGGUUUUAUGUUAUUUACAUUAUAUCUUAACAAUAAUAAACUAGUAUAAUAUAUAACAAAUAUAAACUGUUAUUGUGUAGCAAUGAUAUAGGUAACUUGAAAUGUGUUUGCUGAUUGUUAAGUGUUGUAUUUUCGAAUGUAAUAAUAAGUUAGUUUUAUAAUUAUGCGAGUACCUAAAGUGACUACGGUACGGUCAAAAAUUUAAAAACUUUAAAUAAACUAAUAAAAUUAGCUUAUUUUAGGCGUUUGAUACUAUUCACCCAGAAUUCAUGUAUCUCUUGCUUUCAGGUACAGAACUGAUUUUAAUAUAAAUUAGAUUAUUAUUUUUAUUGAGAAUUGAGAUUAGGUAUGUUUCUUAGAUCUUUUUGCGUUAACAAAUCAUUUAUUACUUGAAUUAUUUGAGACUACAGGUGUGUAUGUUGUCAUUUGCAGCAUUCCUUAAGUAGCAGUAGCUCUUUAUUAGCCUAUGGGUUUCGAUAAAGUAGCAGGAGUUAUAAUUCUAUGUUUCUUUAUGAUAUCUUGCAAGAUUUGAAAGUUCUUCCGUAACAUCGUCAGUUACCACAGAAGUAAAGAAUACAUUAUACUAUACUUAUACCAAUAUGGCAGUGGUCAGCAGCUAAACGUGAUCACCUUCUGCUAUUUUCUCGAUUGAAAUAGAUCCUCAAUUAUAUGAGCUACGCUGGUAGUAUUUUUGUGUUAAUUGCGUUUAUUAGUUUUGAUUAGAUGGAUUUUAAGCAAAAAUAUCGUGGACCUAAAGGGUAACAUUAUUAGGUAUACAUAUUAACAAUAAUUUGCUAUAUAUUUCCUAUUACGUAAUUAAUGAUAGUAUCCAUUUUUAGGCUCAGGGCGUCUUCGUCCACAGUCCUAUUUCGUCACCUUUUUAAAUCGUCCACAAUGCCAUGUCGUCAGCAUAAUAUUCCUAAAUCGUCGCCUUCCUAAGUCGUUCACAUUCUUAUAUCGUCAAUUUCUUAUCUUGUCCAUAUUGCUAUAUGGUCCACAGUGCUAAUUAACUACUCUAACUAGUACUAGACUCAAUGGUAAAAGAGCUCAACAGUAUGUACGUACUUGCAGGCCUACUCUGAUGACGGAGUGCUACUAGUGAGAGGGACAGUUCUUAGCGUCAUAAGAGACAUAACGAUAAGAGGUACUGGUAUGGUGUAGACAGAGAGGACUGGAUCUCAAUAUGUCGAAAACAAAGCUUGUGUUAUAAGCCGGGUCCACACAGAGUGAGCAUACGCGCUAGGCAAUUUCCUCGCGCACAUAACGGCCAGUCUACACUGGAUGCAGGCAGUCGAAGAUGAUGAUUAAAAGUAUGGAUCACAUCACAGAAGAACCAGGUAUCUUAAAAUUUAGGUAAGAGCAGUCUGAGACUACUGACGGGUAUUAUUACUAGCAGAUUGUAUUAUGUGUGCGGAACUAAAGGAUGUCGAACUCAAAGAUGUCCUGUUCUGCAGUAAAACCAGAAGAAUAGUGUGGAAAUGUCGUCGGGACAAUAACCUGCACCUCAAACUUCAGGGAAUUGGGCUGAAUGAACGCGAAAGUGAUCGAAAGCCCGCCUGCUUACGGCCAGUGUCCCUACGCUACAUAGGAAUGAGCACGAGUUAAGAAGGCGACUAUAUAGGAAUGUCGACGAAACACGGCAGUGGACCAUAUGGCGAUGAGACGAUAGCGAAAUAGAACUGUACAAAGUCACCCCGAGUCAUUUUUUAUAUGAAAUGUAAAGUGACCUAGUCUACUUUUUUUGUUAUAAAGCGCAAAAAGUAAGUUAUAUUUCCGACUGAAAUACAUAUAAUGAUGAUUAAUAAUUUAUAUAUCUUUAUUCCAGAACAUUAAAUUGCAUGUUAGUAUAAAUAUAUACAAAUGAAAUACAUGUUAAUAUAUGUAAUGUUUGUGAGAGUCAGAAUGGCGGGUGUACCUAAAUAAAAAUAAAUGAAAAGCAUACCAUAUUUUUGUACCUAAUUUGUACUAUUUAGUUAAAAAUGAUUUUUCUUAAGAAGAAUUAUUUGAAUUGGCGCCUAGCCUUUUUUAAGACAUGAUUUUGUGAGUUAUUUGAACUUAACAAAUUAAACAUUAAAGGUACUAAUUCCUGGCAUAAUAAAAAAAUGUACCUUAGCGUUUUUCGUUAAAAAUGAGAUCGAUAACUUGAAAAAUUAUAACGCCUGCAAAAGUGGAAUAGCAAGCAAAUAUAAAUAAGUAAGUAAAACUUUGAAACCACAAAUAAAAUGACUCAUAUUAUAAUUAAAUAUGAAGGUACAAAAAUUUGGCUUUUAUAGAAUUUAUCAAUAUCCACGGGAAUAUAGCGUAAUAAAGUACACCCGCCAUUCUGACUGUCAGGAUGGCGGGUGUACUGUUUUUUGAUGAUAACUUUAUGUACCGUGAGGUAAAAAAAAUUAAAGGAGGCACUAAAUAGUACAAAUUAGGUACAAAAACAUGGUAUGGUUUUCAUUUAAUUUUAUGUUUUCAUUUAAAUUUUUAAUUUUAUUUUAUUUAGGUAUACCCGCCAUUCUGACUCUCACUAAUGUUUGAUAUAAUAACAAAAAAUAUACAUAUGUAUGUAACAGCUUUCACAUGACUGAAUAAAAAUUAUGACGAAUGAUGGACUUGAUAUAUAUAUAUAUAUAUAUGAAUUGGUAAUACAAUAUACAAAAUAAUAGUACCUACGUCAAGCAAUUUUAUUUAUUUCUCUAUGAUUAACCUAUUCCGCCCAUUUUUGUAAAUAAAGUUCUUAGCUGUUAUGUACUGUGUUAAAUGUAGUUUUUUGAAGUUAUUUCCAUUUUAUACCUUGGAAAUUAGUCAAAAAUACGUAGGAUUUAUAUGGAAUAAACUGUUUAUUUUGUCUAA